GGGGGGGGGCGUGAUGGCGGAGGCCCUGCAGAAGAAGCUCCAGGGGGAGCUGGAGAAGUACCAGCAGCUGCAGAAAGACCUCAGCAAAUGCAUGACCUCCCGGCAGAAACUGGAGGCUCAGUUGACCGAGAACAACAUCGUGAAGGAGGAAUUGGACCUCCUGGACUCAUCUAACUCCGUCUACAAGCUGAUUGGGCCCGUGCUGGUGAAGCAGGACAUGGAGGAGGCGAAGGCCACCGUGGUGAAACGGCUGGACUACAUCACGGGGGAGAUCAAGCGGUACGACGGGCAGAUGCAGGAAUACGAGAAGAAGUCGGAGCAGCAGCGGGAGGGGCUGGCACGGCUGCAGCAGGAAUUCCAGAAGGCCCAGGCCAAGGGGGCCGUCAAGGCCUGAGCCCUCGUCCGGA